AUGUGCGCUAACUGCAAACACACGGGCUGUUGGAUAUUCCUCGGUGUGCUCUACUUCGUCGCGACCUCUUCGCAGGCUCAGACAGUGUCCUCGUCAGCGACUUCUGGUUCCAAUUCUGCGAAAUAUGACUUGAGCACACUGUCCUUGACCUCGCCAGAAGUCGCAGCACUUAUUAAUGAAACGGGCUCGAAAAUCACCUCAGACGAUCUGGUGGCCUUUGUCAAAGCUAGGAAUGGAACAGACCGAACCAUAAGUCAUCAAGCACUCUACGACUUCAUUUCGUCAUUCAAUGGCACCGUUACACAAGAGGAAUCUGACCACGGCCACUCGCACGAAACUGGAGCCUUCCAGGUUAAACCAAUCGUGUGGAUCGCUUCGGUUGUGGCAGUGGUGAUUAUCAGUGCAGUCGGGCUUCUUGGUGUUGCAGUGGUUCCAUUGGUGAACAAGAGCUACUACAACGACGUCAUCCAAUUCCUGGUCGCCUUGGCUGUCGGAUGUCUGACUGGUGAUGCAUUUCUACACCUUUUACCGCAUGCAAUAGCAGGAGGCCACGAACAUUCACGAGAGGGGGUAUCAAGUGAGGGUGCGGCGGAGGAACGCGAGGCCGUACUUAAAGGACUUGUCGCUCUUGUUGGCAUCUACUUCUUCUUCCUGGCCGAGAAAUUGGUCAGCACCAUCUCUGAAUAUCGAACCGAGAAAGCCGCAGAUAAGGAGGAGCGGGAGAGAAUUUUGAAGAAUCCACGCAAGUCGACAGAGGGUAUGCGACGGCUCAGCACCUUCCGCGAGUCGAUUUCGGUGAACUCGUCGUUUCGUCGGGGCUCGCGAUUGCCGCCCACACCCGAGGCCGCCAACCUUCGAAGGUCAUCACGAGCACCCUCCAUCAUCGCUGACGACAUUCUCACCACCGGACUUACGGCGAAAGGUAUUUUCACCAAUGAUUUACCAUUGGCCAUGAAGACGGUUGACGUGCUGAAUGCGUACAUUGAGGAGGCAGAGGAGGAGGACGAGCAGGAGAUGCCGCAGAGGAAUGAAUCUGGCAAUCUCACCCUUCAAGUGCCAACUCUUAAGGUAAUACCCGAUGUCACCGUUACAGGCGACUCUCCCACCCACAAGAAAGGGACGGCCGUGUCUUCCGACAAAGACGGUCAGAGCAAUUCCCUGGAUCUAACUAGUACUGAUGCCGCCCAGCCUCACGGACACUCGCACAAUCUUCCACGUUCCAUGGCUUCGGUUGCUUGGAUGGUCAUCAUGGGAGACGGUCUACACAACUUCACAGACGGCAUGGCAAUUGGCAUUGCUUUCGCUGUUAGCAUUGCGGGCGGAAUCAGCACAACGGUAGCAGUCUUCUGUCACGAAUUGCCGCAUGAACUCGGCGAUUUCGCGGUUCUUUUGAAAACCGGCAUGGGAAUCAAGGAAGCCCUUUUCUUCAACGUCGUCUCCUCUGUCCUCUGCUUGAUCGGCAUGCUCGUGGGCAUCGGUGUAGGCAACGUCGAAGCUGCUUCCGCAUGGAUCUUUGCCUUCACCGCGGGCACCUUCGUCUACAUCGCUCUAGUCGACAUGUUACCGGAGUUAAGCUCGUUCCAGGUGAAACCUGACCAGAGUCGGAUUGUGCAGCUGAUUUUGCAAAACGCGGGUUUGAUAACCGGGGCUGGCAUAAUGCUCCUCAUUGCCAUGUAUGAAGAACAACUUCUGCAUCUUGUUGGAUAG